GCUGCAAUAAGUUGUAAUCUUUUAAGUCGAUGGAAAACUUGACAACAAUAACUUUGCGUUUCCAACCUGAUUAAUCCAAACGCAUCAGUUCUUGCAUUUGCCAGGAGACUCAAAAGAAUCGGGGCUAGAUCAAGACACAUCAUCUGCGCAUAGUACUGCUCGGAAGGAGCCCUCGAUCGUAUUAAUGCCGGUCUUUCGGUAAUCAAGGAAAGCAUGUAGAAUAAUAAUUUCGGAGAGUCUUGAAGUUAACGACAGGAAAUUGCGACUGACGAUAUUUGGUGCGUAAGGAGGCAAAAUAGGAGAGCGUGCUGAAUCACCUCACUUGUUUUCUUAUAGACUGAAGUCUGAUAGUAUCGGUUACAAGAAUUCCACUAAGAUUCAGGUAUCACCGCUCAUUUGAACGUAGCCUGUUUUUAUUGUUAAAGAUCUAGACCACCCAUAACAACUGAAGAUAGAGAGAACAGACAUGGCAACGUGAGGUAGCCAGUACCAUCGUCCCGAUAAUUGUCUCCACGUUGGAUCGACUCCCUGCUAACAUGUACUUUCACUGCUAUAAAAUUUACUAAAAACAGAUGAAUAACACAUCCGGGAUACAAUCAUCCGAAAGACAUUAUUCACUGGAGCCUAAAAUAGCCUGGUAUUGGUCCGCACGGCUGAUAAUCUCUGCUUUCGCCAUUUUGGGAAACGGAGUUGUUAUUUGCCUGAUAGCGACAAAAAAGCGCUUGCAGAUUAUUUGUAACUGGUUUGUGUUAUCUCUUGCUGUAUCAGACUUUUGUGUGGGGCUUUUAUUAACGCCGACUGGCCUAGUAUGCUCGUACCUGUUUCCAUGCGACUGGCGUCUUCAGUUAGCCUUCUACAACUUCCUGUUGUUUGCAUCGACAUUAAACUUGUGGGCAAUGAUGUACGACAGACAUCACGCCAUCGUGUAUCCUCUGACAUAUCUGACGCAAAUGACAACACGUAAAAUAACAGUUAUCAUAUCCUUACCAUGGAGUACAUCAGGUUUAGUGUCAUUUAUUCGCCUUCUGUGGUUUUAUGAUAAUACCCUAAGAAAAGAGAUAGAGUCAUAUUAUCGGGUUUUCGUGGAUUUAUUCUUUGGUUUGUUUUCAUGUCUUCUACUCGUGACAAUCUUUGUGAGAAUUUUGCUGAUAGUUUUUAGGCACUCUAGGAGCGCUGAGUCUCAAGCAGCGCAUUUAUCGUUCAACCAAAUCUUCCGUGUCGGGUACAAAUACAAGCGAGAAAGGCUAUCAGCUAAGAUUCUUGGCGCAGUUUUAUGCUUGUUUGUGGUUUGUUAUAGUCUCAGCAUAUAUAUCUCUUUCUGUUUAAAUUUCAAACUUUGCUCGCCCUCUCCUCAAUUACGCCUUGCAUCUAUUCUCUUGAUUCAUCUAAACUGUGCUAUCAACUGUUUGGUCUACGCGCUGCUUAAAAAAGAUUUCCGCACAGAGCUGCGAAAAUUGCUUAGAUGCGACAGUGAGCUCAACAUUGCAGCAAAGGUCGAAGGAGUGGGUCUGAAUAUUUUUAAUCGCACCUCUCGGUAGUCUCAGAUUAGUUGAGCGGAACCUUCGUCUGUUUCGAAAUGACAAUCGUAUUCAUCUUAUUUUAUAAUGUUAGUAUUGCGUGCAGAUGGAAAAUAUACUAAAUAAACCAUGUCAAAUCGUG